CAUCCUCACUCUUGUCUUUUUGUCGUCUCUUCGACUUCGACUCGUUCUCAACACAACAAGAACCUCGGUUGUAAAUCAUCAAUCAGGAACAUCAUUCAAGAUGGCCGGAUUACUCGACGUUUUCUCCUUUGUCCUUACUGUUGGAGUGAUCGGCACUGUGGUGUACGGUAUCCUCUAUGUUGUCAAGGCUGUUAACCAGGGUGUGGAGAGUACGAAAGCGAGCUUGAAAGAACGAGGAUUGGACGUAUCAUCGAGCGGUGUCUCGCUCAAGACCUCGAAACACUUUGAUCGUCAGGACUACUUGGAUGCUACGCAACGAGGGAUCGUCAACCUGGUUGAAGCAUCCUCCGUACGACGGGCAGACGGGACGAUCUCAACACCCGCUUCUAUCCUCCGCUCCGAUUCGAGCGCGAGCGCUGAAGAGAGGAGGAGACGCAAGCUUUGGGGCAAGAAGAAGGUUGAUUCAUAGAUUCAAGGAUGCGCUGGACGAGAGAACGAUAUGGCUCCAUCCACUCAAUUGCAACGACAGCAUUCCCUCCGACGAACCGAGUCGCAUUCCCUUCACCAUGUUCUUGUCCGAUAUGAGGCCAGUCCUCUUGCAUCCUGUUCCAUUACACCACCCUCUCCGAUGUCAACUGGGAUAUAUCCGCCACGUCUGCUGUCGAGAGCCCCAAGAGCCAAGAAAUCAAUACAUAACCGACCAGCCUGCCACGUUCCCUCGGGUUUCCCUCCGCACAGCUAUAUGUCAAUGGCACUUUCCUUGAAGGGGGAUCGUUGACGUUGGCUGUGAGCUGCUUCCUCUUCCGCGCGUGACUCUUCCUCUUCCAUUUCUUUUCCCUUCCCAGCCAUUCUCUCGUCCCCUCUCGCACAGACUCGUCUCGUUUCGGACACCCCAAAAGUCUUAUUUAUGUAUCGUAUCGUAUCGUAGUACUCAUUGAACCGCAACGG